UUUCUCCCCCAUUUUUAUUUCAAAGUUUCUUUUCACUCCUUCAUUUUUCCCCCUCAUUUCCCUCCUAAAUUUCCUUUCCUCUGUUUUUCAAUUUUCACCCUUCCUUUUAUUUUUUAAAUGGGAUUCUCCAAAAAAUCUCAAAUCGACUCUGGAUUUGAAGCCGAACAAAAAAAAUGGGUAAUCGCGGGGUUGUCGGCAAGGUCAUCGUUGAAGCCGAUUAACACGAAAUCAAAGACGAAAGAGGGAGAAGAGGACGGGGAGAAGACACCGACGGGGAAAGAAGCUAGAAUACCGGAGAAAUUGGGUUGCCCGCCGGCGCCGAGAAAGCGUAGAUCUCUAAAAUCAAGCUCUAAUCAGAAUCAUAUGAGGGAGUUCUUCAAUCCUCCUGAUUUAGAAUCUGUGUUCAAGCUAAGAGUUUAGAAGGACCAAUUUGGUUUGUAAUAGUUGAGAAUUUAGGGGUUUCUUUGUUUUUUUUUUCUUUUUUUGGGUGUUUGUUUAAUUUUUCUUUUUUUGGGGGGUUUUCUUUAAUAUUAUUAUUUUUUAUGUACUUGGUUAGUUAUUAGGAGUAAGGAGAUUAUGAUGUAUAAAGGAUUUGAUAUUUGUUAUCUAAAUGAGUAUUAUCACUAUUAUUAUUA